AUCUUUAGAGGUAUAUUGGAGCCUAUUGUUACGCUUGAUGUUCUCCAGCAACAACCACAGCCCGUGACCAUGCUUUUUGACUUUUGUCAAAAAGAGGGUAAGCAAGUGGAUAUCAAGCACUGGAGAAGAGGGGAGAAGAACAUCGCCAUCGUUUACGUGGACGGGGAAUUUAUUGCCUCAUCGUCCUCUGAGCAGAAUGAAAAUGUCAGGCUUCAUGCAGCAAAGACAGCUUUGGAGAAGUUGUCUCACUCUAACAACGAGGACAAAAUGAAUGUUGACGUCUACAGCAGUAUGAAUUUAACCAAUGAGAUUGAAGGAGCAAAACAAAAGUUGCAUGAUAUUUGUGGCAAGAAGAGAUGGCCAAAACCCACUUACCGGAUAGUGAAAGAAGAGGGCCCUUCUCAUGAGAGGAAAUUUUUAUGUUCAGUUCAAGUUGAAACUGUCGAGUGCGUGUUAUUUGCGGAAGGAGAUGAGAGGUCCAAAGUUAAAGAUGCUGAGAACUCUGCUGCUUCGUCUUUGAUUCACGGGUUACAAGAAUCCAAAUUUAUAUAAAUUCAAUCUUUUAAUUUUGGAUGCACUCCAUAGUAGUCUCUGUUCUGAGAAUAUCACUAUGCAGAUAAUGUAUAGUCAUUCCUAAGUUGGUCAUUUAGUUUAGACAUGGCCAAAUAUCGGACUAGACCAACAAGUUUAUACCGUUUAAUUUGUGAUUGUCUAAUGUGUUUCCAAGCAAGUUAAAGCACAAUGUAUAUGCGUCUUCACAGGAUCACCACCCACAAAGGCUGGUGCUGUAAAAUUAGUCUGAAAAAUUUUAUACCGAUUAUAUAGGAUGUCCUAAAGCACAUUUAAGUUACCUUACUGGUACAUAAGAGCGAAUUGCUGUUUUCAUUCUAA